GCCAGUCAUUGAUCUAUACGAAGCCUAACGACAAAGGGGUAAUGUGUAUUCACCCCCGAGCCUUGCCGAAAGCCAGAAGCUCCUUGUUCGGCUCACGGAUAUUUAUCCACAGACGACAAUAUGCAUUGAUGCGCUGGAUGAAGUCGAACACCGGAUGCGGAUAGCUUUGCUGGAGUCGCUGUGCCUAGUUAUGGAGAGAUCUCAGAAUCUCGUCAGAAUCUUCGCGACUACUCGAAUGGACCCCGACAUUCUCCUGCAAUUUGAGAAGUUUCCGAGGAUCGAAUUGCGACCCGAAGACAAGGAAGGCGACAUCAACCACUUCGUGCAAAGCAAGGUUCAGAGCGUCAUCGAUGAUGGCCAACUGCUUCAUGGUGAUGUGCCGGAUGACCUCAAAGCUAAAAUAUGCGGCACCCUCCGCAAGCAAUCCAACGGAAUGUUCCAACUCGCCGCACUUCACAUCACCUUACUCUGCAAUAUGCCCACCCAGAACGAUGUGACGUACAGUGUCCUUCCGGACACCCUGUCACUCGCAUACGACCAAAUCUAUGACCGUAUCGCGGAACAGAAAGGCAGCACCCCUCAGCUAGCACUAAACGCGUUCCAGUGGAUCAAAUGUUCUUACGAACCGCUGAAUUCGAGAGCACUACUUGCUGCGAGCACGGUCAAGCUUGGCGGCUCGGACGAAUUCUUCCACGACCCUACGGUAAAGGCGAACGACCUGUUGAAGGCUUGCCAAAAUCUUCUGAUUUUGGACGAACAUUUCGACGUUUUACGUUUUGCACACUUUUCGGCGGAUGAAUUCCUGGAGACCCGGCUGUCCAAGGUCGAUUCCUACACAGAAAAAUCGAAAUUCUGCCUUUCACUACUGUGCACGCCAACCGCUUGGAAUGAUUAUGAUAACUCAGUGACCGACCCAAGACUGUACCGCGACCGCAACCUAUUGAUGUACGCGACGGUGUUUUGGCCGUGGCCCAUGUCGCGUUACGACGAUGAUGCGGAAGCCUGUCGGAUUCUGGAUGGCCUCUGGGCGGCAUUCACAUCCGUGACGAAUCAUUCCCGAUGGCUGCAACAUUGUCGCACGACGGUAUAUUCUAACAUCGGCUACAAUGACGCCGACGUGUUUUGGCGUAGAGUCCUCGCUGUGCAGAAGCAAAACGAAAACUUCGAACGCUCUGCCGUCAGUGGGUCUGGGUUAACAAAGAAGUUUCGAAGCACAUUCGAGUUCAUCCCCUUCAGUUUAGACAAGACCUACAUGAGCGAGUUACUUCGGUGUGCGUGCGGAUUUGGAGAUCUAGAGAUUGCUAGGCUGCUGAUCGACCUGGGAGCCGACGUCACGACCACCGAUGAGCGGAGACCGACACCACUGCAUUGCGCCUCGGAGAGAGGACACGAAGAAACGGCGCGGCUGCUGAUUGACCGGCGAGCCGACGUCUUGGCCGCCGACAAGGAAGGAUUUACGCCACUGCACCGCGCGUCGGCGAGAGAACACGAGGCGAUCGCGCUGCUGCUAAUCGACCGGGGAGCCGGCAUCUUGGCAACCGAUAACAGCGGGAGGAUGGCGCUGUACGACGCCACGGCGGCAGGACACAGAAACAUGGCGCGGCUGCUGGUCGACCGGGGAGCCGAUUUCACGGCCGCAAACCACGAAGGAAGGACCCUACUGCACCUCUCCUCACAGAAAGGACCGGCGGCGACGGUGCGGCUGCUGAUCGACCGGGGAGCCGAAGUCUUGGCCGCCGAUAACAAGGGGAGGACGGCGCUGCACUUCGCCUCGUAGGGAGGUGACGAGGCGAUAGCUCUGCUGUUGAUCGACCUAGGA